AUGGAUUUUCCAAUGGACCAGCCCACCUCAGACCGUUUCGUCCAAUAUCCUACCAGACCAUACGAUUUCAAGCCCUAUCGCUCUACAAAAACCUCAAGUGCGACUGUCUCACCGGCAAUGGAGUAUACGGGCUCGAGUGAUGGGAGUGUUUACGCUGAGUCGUCAUAUGGCUCUUCCAAUACCUCCUACUUCCCAUUCCCUGCGCCUCCCAUGACCAUGAACUCAAUACCAAUGAAUGAUAUGGACUGGGUUGCGCCGGAUCUGUCAUUCUCAGAACACGAAAACACCCCCUCGCUUUCAUCGUCAUAUGAGUUUGUGGAUGUGCAAAAGAAUAAGCCUCACACUUGGGAAACCGGGUCCUACUAUGCUUUGCAGACCCAGCCUGCGAGUCAGUUCCAGACUCAGACCACAUCUGCGUCUGUGUCUCAGACUCAAAUCCCAUUCAUGCCCAUGGCCAACGAGGCGAAUAUCUCGUUUCACGAACCUUCCAUUCACCUUGACCUACGCCUCCAAGAACCCUCUACCCAAUGGACUUGGCCCACGCUCGAAGAAAACUGGACGCAGCCUUCCCCAGCCUUUCCAGACUCCUCUACAUUAUGGCAACGGCCAAUCGAUCAUCCCAUUAGCCAGGGCUACAAGAUCUCUCAACCAGCACCCAUACUCCCCAAGCAGCCAAUGAUGUACUUCCAGUCAGCUCAGACUUCAGCCAUGUAUGGAGAGCCACAUAUCCCGCCGCCUAUGCAGGCACUCCCGCUCCACCAAGAGCAAGUUCACAGGACCACGCCAGCAUUAAUCCCAAGCACCUUCAGCCCCAUCACACCACACCCCGAACAGAUCAACCCCUCAAACCAGCGCUUAGGACCUGGCUCCAAGCAUGCUCACCACCAAAUUCCUCUCCAGCAACACACACCGCAAUCUCUCUGCCACCCCGACUCCCCGCCCAUGAUUCAAAAUACGAGCCCGCGCCAGCUACAGGCAACGCUCCACUACAGCGACACCCGGGACCGCUUGCUAGUCGAAGGCAGACGCGCCGGGCUGACGUACAAGGCAAUCAAGGAAACGGGCAACUUCAAGGAGGCGGAGUCGACGCUUCGAGGCCGGUAUCGCGCUCUCACUAAGGUGAAGGAGCAACGGGUUCGGAAACCGAAGUGGUUGCGCAUGGAUAUCGACCUCCUCGUCGAGGCUGUCUCUGUCUACAGGGACGAUUCCCGCGAGGCCGGUGAUGACGCGGAUGGAAGUCAUGAUCAGGGCCAGAACGGCGGACCGCCGAAGGUGCCUUGGAAGAAGGUCGCCCAGUAUAUCUGGGCGAAUGGGGGCAGUUAUCAGUUUGGAAAUGCGACGUGCAAGAAGAAGUGGUGCGAGAUAUUUGGUGUUGCGAUGUGA